CCCUCCUUCGAUUCGCAACUUCCAUUUGUCUGCUUUUUUCCUUCAUUUUGAAUCGACGGCUCUAUUUCAGCACAGUGCAAAAUGUAUUCUCUUUAUUCGUGGGGGUCGCCGUUCGAGCACGACGGCUUGUAUUCGUUUGACCCGUCGUGUGUCAGCGUCCAGGCGUAUCUCCAGCUCGCCAAGGCUGAUUGGCAACUGCACCAUGUCAACAACAGCGGGAUAUCGCCCACAGGGUGCCUGCCUGUUCUAACAUGUCAGGACAACAUCGUCGAGUCGGGUUUCUGGCAUGUUAUCGAGUUCCUGAGGCGCGAGGGAUACGACCUGGACAGCGCGCUGAAUGCGGAGCAGACCUCACAAUCCACUGCCUACAUAUCUCUGGUCCAAGAUAGCCUUGUCGAUGCACUGCUGUUCAGCUGGUACAUGGUUUCUGAGAACUUUGUUGACGUGAUCCGGCCGCGGCUCGCCAAGCUGUUUGGAUUCCCGCUUAGCCUUGUUGUCCCAACGCAGCUCAAAGGCUAUGCGGAGGAGCGACUUAAGGCCCAUGAUAUACAGGACAAGAAAGACGACAGGGACACCACAAAGGUAACUGAGGCAGCUGCCGGUGCAAAGUCAAAGAUUCCGCGCAUUUACCUGCUGGCGAUGGGCGGGUUCCAGCGCCAUUCGGACGAGUCAGCACACCCCAUUUACAAAGAGGCUGACCGGUGCUUGGAUGCGCUGUCAAGGAAGCUGGGCAGCAAGCAGUACUUCUUUGGUGAUGGCCCAUCAACGCUGGACGCAGUCGUGUAUGGCUACAUUUCGCUGAUCCUCUACCCGGAGCUGCCUCAAUCGACACUGAAGCAGAUCAUCACCUCAAGGUACCCGAAUCUCGUUACCUUCUGCGACAGAAUCCACAGCCAGAUGGCCAAGCCAAAGACUGUCGCAGGCGGGAGUUGGAUUGAGGGACUUGGCGCCAUUGUUAAACAGCAGGUUUUGCGUUUUGCGACUGUGCCCUCGCUGCCAAUCGGUUCUGACAAGCCUGACCCGCAGCGCGCAAUCAAGGUCAGGUCGGUUGUCGGCGGCCUGUGUGUAUUCUUCGGCUACAUCAUCUAUAACGGCAUUCUAUCGGCGCCCCAGCAGCAGAAGAAGAAACCGGUGCUCGAAGUUCCUGGGCUCAGUGUCAACGAAGUGCUAUCAGCUGUCCGUUCAUCAGCCAACUAGUAUCACAGGGUACUAUUGCCUAGCUUCAAAAAAAACAUAUGCAGAUCUACUUGAACAGUGUUGUUGGCCUAGUGCUGUUGGCUGAGGAUGCAAAGUACGGUGCAAGAUCCUCGUCAGCCUCGAUAGUGGCAUUGAGCUUUGCAAUCUCGGGGGCGUUCUCG